AUGGUGGAAUUUGGUGGUGGUGGUGGUGGAGAUGAGUUGGUUGUAUUAGAUGGUGGUGGGGGAGUGUCGGUCGUGUUGGAUGGCGGUGGUGGAGGAGUGUCAGUGGUGUUCGAUGGUGGUGGCGGUGGUGGUGUAUCAGUGGUGUUCGACGGUGGCGGUGGAGGCGGAGUGUCAGUUGUGUUCGAUGGUGGCGGUGGAGGUAGAGUAUCAGUUGUGUUCGAUGGUGGAGGUGGUGGAGUGUUGGUAGUGUUGGAUGGUGGCGGGGGAGGCGGAGUGUCAGUGGUGUUUGAUGGCGGUGGAGGUGGAGUGUCAGUGGUGUUUGAUGGCGGUGGAGGCGGAGUGUCAGUGGUAUUUGAUGGCGGUGGAGGCGGAGUGUCAGUUAUGUUGGAUGGGGGUGGCGGCGGCGGAGUGUCGGUGGUAUUGGAUGGUGGGGGUGGAGGUGGAGUUUCAGUUGGGUUGGAUGGUGGUGGAGGAGGAGAUGCAUCUUGA